AUGUCCGCCAACUACAUGCGGAGCUUCUCGGAGGGAUGUGUGAGUACGCGGGGGCGGACCCGGGGCCGGAGCCGGGAGCCGGGAGCCGGGAGCCGGGAGCCGGGAGCCGGGAGCCGGGAGCGAGAGGUCCGGCCCCGAGGCGCCAGGGAGCCGCGCCCCGUCCCCCGUGCCAAGUACCGGGGAGCAGUGCUGGACGUCCGCCUUCAGCGGCCCGCUCAGCGGCAGGGCUUCCCGGGCGGGACGCGACCCGACGCCCACCGAGGGAGGCCUGCCCGGUGUGAUUUGCAGCUCAGGCCACCAACGGUAAUUGGCCAGUUCCACACUCUUUUCUUUGGCUCUGUUCAUAUGUUUUUCCUUGGUGUUUUAGGCUUUGCUGUUUAUGGAAAUGAGGCCUUGCAUUUCAGCUGUGACCCAGACAAGAGAGAGGUUAAUCUUUUCUGUUACAACCAGUUCAGGCCUAUAACUCCUCAGGUAUUCUGGGCAUUACAGCUGGUGAUUGUGCUGGUACCUGGAGCCUUUUUUCACCUUUAUGCUGCGUGUAAGAGCAUCAAACAGGAAGAUAACCUCCAAAAGUCAUUCUACACUCUUUUUUAUAUCUUCUCUGUUUUCUUAAGGAUUAUCCUUGAAGCUGUGGCUUUUUGGCUUCAGAUUCAGCUGUUUGGUUUCAGAGUGAACGCAAUCUACAUGUGUGAUGUGGGAGCACUUGGAAAAAAGUUUAACAUUACCCGGUGCCUGGUGCCAGAGCACUUUGAAAAGACAAUUUUUCUUAUUGCAAUGUACACAUUUACUGUGAUUACAGUGGUCUUGUGUGUUGCCGAAAUUUUUGAGAUCUCAUGUAGAAGGCUAGGUUUCCUAAAAACUCGGUGAUUUCAAUCACUCCUAGUCAUUUACCACCCUGUCCGCCUGUAGUUCUGUAACAACGAUUUCAAGCUGUAACAAAAAACAUCCCCUGCCUUCUAUGCAGUGUUGCAGAAG